AUGAUUUCAAUUCUUCAAUACCGACGCCUGAGGAGGGAUCUGGAGAAAAACAUACAAAUCUAUGGACCGGAAGAAGUUGUUAACGGUAAAUCAGCACCAGAGAAUGACUCAACGAAGCGAGACAGCGCUCUGCACAAUGGAAUGCCGAAGACAAGCCUAGUAAAGAUGCGCAAUGGGCAGACAGCAUUCAUACCCGGCGUUGAGGUGGUGUGUUCUAACUCUCUUCCUGAAGCUGGGGAAUCCGGUGAGAUUUUCCUCGUUGGCUUUGAUGGCACGAACGAUGAGCUCAACCCGAAAAACUGGAAAUUACUUUACAAAUGGAAAACACUGGGAAUUGUUGGUAUGACCGGCUUUCUCGUCAGCUGGGCUUCAUCAAUAGAUUCGGCGGUAAUGAAGCAGGCUGAAGCCGAGUUCGCAGUGAGUGAGAUAACGGAGUCGUUAGCCACCGGGCUCUACCUCAUUGCCUUUGCCUUUGGAUCGUUAGUUGCUGCGCCAUUCUCUGAAACGGUUGGCCGAAAUCCCGUCUAUAUUGUGACUCUUUCCAUGUUAAUGAUCUUUUUGAUGGCCUCGGGGCUGUCUCCCAAUAUUGGGAGCCAGCUGGCUUUUCGUUUUCUUGCUGGGCUGUUUGGAUGCACUCCCCUCACAACCUUUGGUGGGAGCAUGUCCGAUAUCUUUGACCUACUGGAUCGCACAUAUGCUUUCCCCGUGUGCUGCUCAUUGUCUUUUCUCGGUCCAUUCUUAGCCCCAAUGGUGGGCGCUUUCAUUGGCCAAAGUACUGCCAUCAGCUGGCGAUGGUCGGAGUGGACUUCUCUUAUUCUGGCUGGUUUGAUUACAGGCGCAAUCUUUCUUUUCGUGCCGGAGACAUAUGCACCUAUUCUGCUUAAAUGGAAAGCAUCCCAUCUUCGUUCUAUUACUGGCGAUCCUCGAUUCAAGGCAGAAAUUGAACUCCGCACAGCGUCACUUGCGACAAGGCUAGCACGCAACUGCUACCGCCCUUUUCAACUCUUUUUCGGCGAACUUAUGGUUGCGCUUUUUACAAUGUACCUUGUUGUAGUAUACAUUGUGCUCUUUGGCUUUCUGACUGGAUACGAUUUCAUCUAUGGGAAAACUUACGGAUUUUCACAAGGCUCAGUUGGCCUUGCUUUUAUCGGAAUGAAUGUUGGCUUCUUGAUUGCGUUUGCCAUUAUCCCUCACGUGUACUUCAAAUACAAAAGGGCUCUUGUAAGGGCUGCCGAAACCGAGAAAGGCCUCCCUGAACCAGAAGAAAGACUAUGGUAUGCCAUGUAUGGUGCACCGUGGCUUCCAAUUUCACUCUUUUGGAUGGGCUGGACCAGCUAUCCAUCGAUUUCUUAUUGGUCGAGCCUUGUCUCAUCGGUAGCAUUCGGCUUUGCCGUGCAAGGCGUAUUCAUUUCCAGCUAUCAAUAUCUUAUUGAUACCUACGAGCAGUACGCCGCUAGUGCCUUGGUAUGGGGCUAUCUUUCGCAGGCGAAGUAG